GACCCUUGUUCGUUGGUGAACGUCAGAUGGGAGAUAGAGUGAGUCGCCCGAAACAGACAAUCAAGCCUCUACAACCCGUCCUGAAACCGGUCAUGGCGGAGCAGUCCUCCAGCGAGCCUGCCCCGUCCACCGUCAUAGUGAUCAUGGGUGCUUCGGGAGAUUUGGCAAAGAAGAAGAUCUACCCCACACUCUGGAGGGUAGCUAAAGGAGGCCUUUUCCCCAAAAACACCAAGAUCGUUGGCUACGCUCGCUCAGACCUCACCAUCGAGAAACUAAAGGAGAAGUGUGCACCUUUCCUAAAGGCUACUGAUGAAGAGGCCGACAAGCUGAAAGAUUUCUGGGCACGAAAUACCUACGUCCGAGGCUCCUACACUGAAAAGGUCUCUAGUCCUCCUAAUUACUUACCACAUCUCCGGACUAACAUACAGUGGAACCUCUCAUGACGGACCCUCCGAGAAGCGGACAAAAGGCUAAAAACGGAUUGAAAUUACCGUAGAGCUAAUACAUAACACAAACCUCCGAGAUGGGGCCGACCUCUCUACAAGGGACAAAAGCUGUUUUCCCUAAGUGUCCCUAUCUCCACUGUACUUGCAGCCCCAAACCAACAUUUUUAUAUUAACAAGUCUUGCAGACUUGGUGCAGACGACUUUGUAUGAUGAGAUUCACCCACUCACUAUUAUUAUUGUGUUUUAAAGGCCACUUUCUUGCAAGAAUAGCACUGUAAAAUACGAGUAAAUCGUUGUACGGUCUUGUUCAACAAAUCAAGUUAGCAGCCCCUUCUAAUCUCCAUGACGGUAAUAAUUCUGCGGACCCCAGGAAAAAAAUCUACCACCACUGCUAACAGUUUUACGCACGCUCUCUAAACUGCAGCAAGCGUUUGAUGCUCUCAGUGCGGAGAUCAAGAAGCAGGAGACGGGAUUUAAGAAGGCCAACCGACUGUUUUACCUGGCCCUCCCGCCCUCCGUGUUUGCUCCCGUCACGUCAAACAUCAAACUCUGCUGCAUGAGCCCUUGUGGGUGGAGUCGGGUGAUAGUGGAGAAGCCGUUUGGGAAAGGACUCAGCUAGUUCUGCGGAGCUGAGCGAGCAUCUCUCCGGCCUCUUUCAGGAGGAAGAGAUCUACCGAAUUGACCACUACCUCGGGAAGGAGAUGGUCCAGAAUCUCAUGGUUAUGAGGUUUGCCAACACUGUCCUCCAACCGAUAUGGAACAGAAACAAUAUCGCCAACGUCGUCGUGACGUUCAAAGAGCCGUUCGGUACGAUGGGACGCGGCGGGUACUUUGACGAGUUUGGGAUCAUCAGAGACAUAAUGCAGAACCACCUCCUGCAAGUCAUGUGUCUGGCUGCAAUGGAGAAACCAGCCACCAACAGUUCAGAGGACAUCCGCAACGAAAAGGUUAAAGUGUUGAAGAGCAUUCGGCCGAUUCAGCUGGAGGACGUGGUGCUGGGCCAGUAUGCUGGAAACCCCCUCGGGCAGGGAGACGCCAAACUCGGUUACCUUGACGACGAGACCGUGCCCAAGGGGUCGCGAACUCCGACCUAUGCCCUGGCUGCUCUCUACAUUCGCAACGAGAGGUGGGACGGAGUCCCCUUCAUACUCAAGUGUGGGAAAGCUCUCAAUGAGCGAAAGGCUGAAGUCCGCAUACAGUUCAAGGACACGCCCGGCAACAUAUUUGGCGAGAAGAGUGCCCGUCGUAACGAGCUCGUUAUCAGGCUCCAACCCAACGAGGCCAUGUACAUGAAGCUGAUGAUGAAACAGCCGGGGAUGUCCUUUGAACCCGUGGAAAGCGAGCUGGACCUUACGUACACGGCUCGUUAUGGGGACAUCACUCUUCCCGAUGCAUAUGAGCGGCUCAUUCUGGACACGCUCAGUGGAACUCAGGCCCACUUUGUACGCAGUGAUGAAUUGGCUGAGGCCUGGCGUAUAUUUACUCCUCUGCUCCAUCGUAUUGAAGGCGAGAAUGUUGAGCCAAUCAAAUACACCUAUGGAACUCGAGGACCAAAGGAGGCCGAUGAGUUUGCCGCGAAGCUGGGCUUUAUGUACAGCCAGACGUACAAGUGGACACCUAGUCCCGGCCCUCGUCUCUAGACAUUCUAUACUAGUGUGUUAUGGAACACGAACAAUUUUAGCUGUUCAUGGCACAAUAUAAUUCUGCUCUACGCAU